AUGGCCAUGGCAAGCUUCGCCCCUUUCGACAUGGAGGCGCAGAACCAGAGGUACGACUUCCAGGGCAUCGGUGAAAAGCAGAUGCGUCUGGGCUUCAUCCGCAAGGUCUAUGGAAUCGUCGCAUGCCAAGUGGCCGCCACGGCCCUUACUGCUGCCUUCUGCGCAGGACCUCUUCGCUCGACCGUCGUUGGUUUCGUCGUUCACUGGCCCUCCGCAUUCAAGUGGGGAUCUCUGUUGGCGACCGGCCUGGCGUUGCUUUUGUGCCAUGUCGGCAAGAACUCUUACCCGCUGAACUUCUUCGGCCUCGCUUUUCUCACUGCCGUCAUGUCCUUGGAUGUCGGCGUGAUGGCCGCAGUGGCUAGUGCCAUGGGAAUGGGGGCCUGUGUUGCCCAGGCCGCAAUCAUCACCGCCUUCCUGGUGGCAGGGCUGACGAUUUACACCUUCCGCUCCAAGCGCGACUUCUCCUUCCUUGGGGCUGCUCUCUGGCCGCUGAUGUUCGGGCUCUUUGCCUUCGGCCUCUUGUCCUGCUUCUUCCCGUCUUUGCACACCGGGAUCCUUGGGCUCGUCGUCUCCUUCUUCGGUGCAGCCAUCUUCUGCGCCUACCUUGUCUACGACACUUGGCGCAUCGCCAACGAGCUUCAGGUGGACGAUUAUGUGGAAGGUGCCAUCCAGCUGUACAUGGACAUCAUCAACCUCUUCAUGUACAUCCUUGACAUCCUGAUGCAGCUGAGCAAGGGCAACGGGGAGUAG